AGGUCUCGUCAUGGCUGCUACAUCAAACAUGAGUAUUUUAAAAUUCGCCAAAUUAUCAAAUAAAGCUUUUGCACCUACGAAAGGUUCUGAAUUUGCAGCUGGAUUUGAUUUACGAAGUGCGUAUGAGGCCAUUGUACCGGCUCGAGGCAAAGCAUUAGUGAAAACUGAUAUACAAGUCCAGGUUCCUCCUGGUACUUAUGGCAGAAUAGCUCCAAGAUCUGGUUUAGCAUGGAAAAAUUUUAUAGAUGUUGGCGCAGGCGUCAUAGAUGCGGAUUAUCGUGGGAACCUACAAAUAUUAAUGUUCAAUCAUAGCGAGGAAGAUUUUAAAGUAGCACCUGGUGAUCGUAUUGCUCAAAUAAUUUGUGAAAAAAUAGAAUACCCUGUAUUAGAAGAAUUGGAUACCUUGGAUGAGACAACAAGAGGUGAAGGUGGUUUUGGUUCGACAGGAACAAAAUAAGAAAGUUAAGAUUUCCAAUCAAUAGAUAAAACGAACUGAUUAUAAACUUGUUA